CUGUGAGGCUGCAGGCGGAUAGACCCUUCUCCCUUUCCUCGUGGGUUAGCGUCGCAUGAAAGACACACAACAGUCAUGGCUGCUGUCGGCUUCAGUGGAGAGUGGUGUAUUUUCACCUGCGACAAGAAACUCAUAGCAGUUGACAGCAAACAGGCAAGAGAACCAUUCGUGUUUGACUGCAGUGCUGCUGAGAAGAAGCCAAAGAAUGUGAAGGAUGACAACAGUGAUGGCAGUACCUCGGAGGAAACAGGAAGUGAUAAAAUCCUUGCCUUUACCGUGUCUCCAUCUGGAAAGCUGGUGGCGCUGACUGAUGACAACAAGAGGCUGGUCCUGUUUCACUGUGAGCCUUCAUGGCAGUGUAUCAGCAUCAGGUGGGUGGUGAGGAGGUGCACCUCCCUGCACUUCACCCAGGCUGAGGACAAGCUGCUUGUGGCUGACAAAUCAGGAGAUGUGUACUGCUUCUCAGUGGUGGAGCCGCAGAGGGAGGGCGAGCUGAAGAUGGGCCACCUGUCUAUGUUGCUGGCUGUAACCAUGUCGCCUGAUGACAAGUACAUCAUCACAGCUGACCGUGAUGAGAAGAUUAGAGUGAGCCUCCUGAACUCUCCAUACAACAUCCAGUCCUUCUGCCUGGGACAUAAACAGUUUGUCAGUGCUCUGCUGGUCCCAUCAGGUCAUCCAAACUGGCUGCUGUCUGGAUCAGGGGAUGGGACCAUUAAGCUGUGGGAGUAUGAGACUGGCCAUAAGCUGCAGAGCUGGGACCUUAACGACCUUGAAAAGACACCGAGCUCUGAGGCUGACAAACAGAAGAAGCCAACUGUGUGCCGUAUCACCAGCUCUGUUGAUGCUCGCCAUGUGGCUGUGCUGUGUGAAAGAGUGUCCACGGUUCAGUUUUUCGUUCUGGACCAGGAGGGUGAAGAGAAGCUCAUUCCACACAGCAGGCUCUCCCUGCCCCACUGUCCGCUGGACAUGACCUUUGACCCAGAAGAUCGGCUGUGGGUUUUGAUGGACUCCAGUGAUGUACUGCUCCGAGUCUACACACACAGACAAGGCUCCUGGGAGUGUGAAGCUGAGAGCCCUGAACUGAACAGAGUGACUGAAGCCUUCAGGCCACACUGGCAGACACUGGAGGCCACCACAAGGACCAACAACCGAUUCGAGCAUCUUUACAAGGUGAGCUUUGACAAUGUGACUGCAUACCUGCAGAAGAAGCAGCAGAGAGUGGAGGAACAGCAGCUGAAGAGGAAGACAGUCCAGAGAGCAAAUAGCAACAAGAAGGCCAAGAAAGAAAUGUCAAAAGCUUUAAUGGAAAAAUCUACUUAAACAGCACUUUAACAAGGGCACUGUUAUUUUCUUUGUUUCAUUUUUUGAGUGAGGAAUCUGAGUCGAAUGUGUGCAUUUAAUGAAGCAUGUGGAAAGUGUGGGUUUUGUCACACAGCCUGUGUUGAUGGAUUUCUUUGAUUUUUAAAAAUAAACUUUGCAACUAACAUAAAACUGUGCCUUCUGUUUCCACCAUCAUUGCUGAAUUAAACAUGGCAUUUGUGAAUGUGCACCAUAUGUCCUUCUCACUUUCUCUUUGCUCUGUACUUGUUACUUUGACUUCCUGUGCAUUACACCACAAUUUUCUAACAUUUCUUUCUUGUGCACAGAAUUGAUCCAGCAUGUGGGAAAGUGAUAGAGUACAGUGCACUCAAGAAUCAGUAAUGCAGACUGUUAUUGUGACCCUCUGCCACUGUUGUUUUGUGCUUGUUGCUGAUUCAAGUGUACAAAUCAUCAAAUAAAAUAUUUCUUCUCGCCUCCA